GGCGAUCUUAUCAAAUUUGGCGUUACAUCAGCUCGUUUGUGCUAGUACAGAUUCAUGGAUCGUCAUACGAUUAUUUCAUUUUAUUGCAACCCUGCUUAGCGAUUUGUACUCACAAUUCUUCCCACUAAUUUUACCAAGUGUGUAAUGACGAUUGUCAGUUUUGUAUCAUACUUUUUGGGAGUGUGGGCUUCUGUCUAUUUGGUUGACAUAGCUCUGCGUACACAUUCAUACACGAGAAAUUGGUACACUGAGAUUAUUUCUCAGCUGGGGAUUUCGUUCAAUCUUCUACAAGCACGCUUAUUUACACAACGGUUGAACAAUAGUUUCCACUAUAUAUGCCGCUUCAAUUGUAUGCCUUGGAAUCUUUGGUUUUCUUGUGGUGUGAUAUUUGCUGCCAUAUCAAUGGUAGUAAGCAUUUGUCUGCUUACCCUGUUGGCUUACAACACCUUGAUGCGCAAACCUAUUGAAACUCAGGUUCUAAUUCCUGUGAUGCCGGGAAUAAACUUACCAACCAGUCAUUUGGGAUUUUAUGCUCUCACAUUGCUUAUAUGCGCAUUCAUACAUGAAGCAGGACACGCUCUCGCAGCUGUGCGUGAACGCGUUCGCCUUCAUGGAUUCGGAAUCUUUGUGUUUGGGUUUUAUCCGGGUGCAUUCGUUGACCUAAACACUGCAGAUCUUCAGAGUCUUUCACCGUUUUGUCAGCUUCGUGUAUAUUGCGCUGGUGUUUGGCACAAUGCCGUAAUUGCCGUAAUCAGCAUAAUUAUAUUUUACUUACUACCUUUCCUGUUAUCGCCUGGCUACCACGUAGGAACUGGGGUGGGUGUCACAUACUUAAGAGAGGAUUCUGUCGUCACAGGGUAUCGUGGGCUUGCUCUUGGUGAUGCUAUCACUCGGGUAAAUUCCUGCCCAGUAAAUCAGCAAUCUGAUUGGUUCAAAUGUUUAGAGGAGGCAUACAUUCAUCCAUCUGGCUACUGUGUUUCUGGAGCCUAUUUAAGCAUGAUAGAUAAUAAAGCCUCUGUUCCACGUCGUAGUUUAUCCGCGGUUGUUUCUGUCAAUAAAUUGGAUGAAAAUGAUAGUUUCGAAUCAGUCGGUAAUCAAAAUAAACUGAAUGAAGAUUGUUGCACAGUUCAGUCAGCGUCGACUCAUUUGUGUUUUACCUACAUAACACCUACAAAGCUGAGUUCUACAUCCCGAAGAUAUGCUUGCUUGCCGGCACGUGCUGUAACUGAGCGUACCAGCUGCAAUGUGACCUCUGAUUGUGGUAAUCUUGGCGCUAUGCGUGGCAAUAACAACGGAAUACAGAGCGAAUCACUGGGUGUCAUAUCUACUCGAUCAAUGUAUUGUGUUGUACCAAGCCCCCCAGACAAUUCCACUCGUCUAGUGCGCCUAGUGCAUAAUCGCCAUAAAGCCCCUGCAAUUCUUUUCUUGGGUCCAUUGGAAGAUCUUGUAGCUUCUAUAGGGGUUUCCGACUAUGUCCCACGUUGGCCUUCCAUACUUUCACCAAAUUUGCCUUCCUUCCUUGGAUUACUAUGCACGUAUCUGUUCUCAUUGUCCGGUGCCCUCGUGAUACUCAACGUUGUGCCUUGUUAUGCUCUUGACGGUCAAUGGAUUUUGAAAGCGUUUUUGGAUUUAUUUCUUCCAGGCAUAUUACCAUCGCGUCCGAAAAGGAAUAUGGUUUUUACUGUUGUUCUUAUCCUUGGUAGUAGCCUUUUGGGACUAAAUCUAUUUCUCGCAAUUUUGUAUCUAUGUCUUCAGGCUAACUACACAGGUGGUCUGUCGAAUUCCAUAAGUCCAAUAACUUCUGUUAAUACCUGAAUAAAAUUUUAUGCGUUUAAUUGUAAAAAGUCCGAAACUGUGAUUCAUCACUCAGUAUAUUUUAUCUUUUUGCUGUCUGUGCCUUUAUAAAUCUAUUUUCUACUGAGUCAGGGUACAAAUCUUUUUUUUCCUAAGUAUACAUAUUUUUCUUAAGUUCAUCUUAUAUCUAGUGCGUCUCGAAAAGGUCGUUUAUUCGACAUCAUUCCUGAAACUGGACAGAUAAUUGCAGGUAGUUAACUCUGUCUGUUUAUGGUUGUGUUAUCGAGUCUCGUCAAAAUUGUACUGCAUGCGAUAGCUUCUGUGCCUGAAAGUUAAGCAAAAUGAGAUUCAUAGGACUUCACGACUGUUACCCUAGAAAUACACGCCUUAGUCAUAUAAGUCUUUAGUAUGUAUGCAUCAGACUGAACACAUUUGUCCAUGUGUAGUCAUAAGGGUGUGUUUGUCUCGUAGUCUAAAGUCUCCAGUAUUAUUUUCCUUACAUAGUAAGGUUACGCAAAUGAUCUACAGAGUAACUAGUAAGCAGGAAUGAAAGUGAUAUGAUCUAUUAAUUCAAUGUGAUUAUCGCUCAAUUGACAUUCGGUCAUGUUUUGGAAUUUUUUUCUAUUGUAAUCUGGCAGAUUUCUGAAUGUAUUUUUCUCAUCCUUGAGGUACAUUUGUAGAAUUAUGGUCUACUAUGAUAUUAGUACUGCUCUAAUAAUAGACCUAAUCCUAAAUUUGUAGAUUUGUCAUGAUAUAACUGCCUAAUCUAUAAGAUCUUACGUGGAAGUCACACCAUCGACUACACCAACUCACUGUAUCGUAUCAAUUACCAGUACAUUAUGUAGAACAAGGUUAGGCUAGAGAAGGAACAAUAUAUUUAAUAUGAAUAGAAGAUAUAAAGUAACAUUGAGAUGGACCACGCCUGCAUGGACGAGCCAUGCCAUCCGAUCAAACCCAGUCCAUUCAAUUCAUUCUUCGCGCCUUCUCCAUCGUUAGGUAUUUAUCCGCGUUAAAUAUUGAAUAUCUACUUUCUGAGUAGUCUCGUGUUCAGCUUUGUGGAUUGUGCGGUUAUUGUUCAAUGCCACUACACUACUCUCCCACCAGAAUCAACGUGAUGUUGGUUCGAUACCGAAUUGGAUGGGAUCGUCGUGCGCCGAAGGUUACCAAGACUAGGAAGAAUCCCCGGGUAAUGAUAAGCUGAAAGAUAAAUGAAAAAGGCGGCAGCAUCUGGUCGGGAAAUACAUGUAAUAAUUUUAAAAUAUCUGCCUUCAUGCUUAAAACGCUUGAAAUGAAAAUUUGGGUGAAGAUUAUUUGGGCUAUAAAGAAUGGGGUUACAAUAAUAAAAAUAAUAAUAAUAAUGAAACGAUGCGUGUUAAUAGCCGUUGGUUAAUAACUUAACGUAUAGGUAGUAAGUAUUUUGUGUUUAGAAAUAUUAAAGUGAUGAAUAUUGUAGAAAUGUUAAUAUUGGUAUUAGUUUUGGUUUAAAUUAUGAAAUCAAAUAACGAUUAUGCCGGUAAGUUGUCCAUAUGAGUUGAAUUCCAAUUGCAUCUGUAUUAGUAGGCUAACUGAAGGAACAAAAGUAUACCGUGGAGAAGAAUUCCAACUAGUGUUCCAGUUAGUUUGAUACGGUUUAUUUAGUUACGGGGAGAUUUUCUCAACCUCAUUUUUACUUGACCGUGAUAGAAUUUAGUAAUACUACUGAUACACAUGAAUGGUUAUCAAAACAAUAUUUAAAUACGUGAGUGAUAAUUAUGUGAAUUUUGGACAGAUAGCUAGAAACAAAUCGUUAAACAUGAGUGUAUUCGUAAGAGACAUGCUCUAGACUCAAUGUUCUGAGUUGCCAUAGACUAUUUAUACAUAUUUAUACCUGACCGCUGACGAUGCAUACAAGUUAGUUGCAAGUAUGCAGUUUAUCAUAAGGCGGAAUACGAUUCAAUUGAGAUAUAGUGAUUAUAAGUUACUGAAAUCAGUUAAGUCUAUAUACUACAUUACUAGGUGAUAUGGUGCUGUAAGAUGUACUCGGCCAAAUACGUUUUUACAAGAUGAUUAACCGUGAGUGAUGCUCAUGUGAUUAUCAGGGAGUACAUAAGUUGUAACCAAGGGGAGUACACUCCCAACUCAUGUCCAUGAUGAUGGCUUGAACCUUAGUCAGUGUUGGGGUAAAUUCGACAUUAAUGUUUUCAGUUUGCAGGAGAUUUGCUCGACUGCUUAUGCUGAUUAUUUGCAUGCAUGAUUGUGUCGCUAAACCAUCAAUUAGACUGACAAGGUUUUGAGAUAUUUACUGAAUGAGCAACUAAUAGAGAAACAUACUGUAAUCAUCUGUGAUGGAUGAAGAUACCAAGAAAACAACACUAGUGAUAAUUAUAAGUCAAUUUGUUGACCGAUUUUGUUAAUAGUUUCAUUAAUUUUAUCAGUCAUAUUACGUGAUUGUCAAGUUAUGACAAUGCUUUAUGACGAUAUCCUGAAACUAUUAAAUUUAACUACUUAUAGUGUUGACUGAGGAUUAGUCAGUGGAAAAAUAGGUAUUGUUGCUUUAGGUGAUUCGAAAUCAUCAGAAACUUAUAACGUUAAAUAAUCCGAGACGCCUAAUUUAAUUAUAAAUUUCAAUUCAGAAAUAUUCGUUUAGUGUUAAUUUUAGUAGGCUACGGAGUUUUGAUUUUAAACGUUUGUUUAGCCAACAGCUAUCUGGGGAUUUGGUUAUUUUACUAGUGCAGUUGACAGUACCUAAAUUUUUAAUCUUAUUAUCUAAACUAUGUUCGCAUUUUAGGCUGCUAAUAUGACAAACCAAUCCAUAAACCCAAAUACGAUUAGCAACAACGACUAUGAUGGGUUUAUUGAUAAAUGUUAAAGGCGAUUCAGAUGAUUUCUAAAUUUAGAAGACAUGGAGAUAUAGUGUAACGUAUGUAUGGGCCAGGUUAACAUGCAGGUUGUUGACGUAUAUGACGAUUUAAAAAUAAUGAGCAUGACCAGAAAAUAGUUUUAAAGUUUAGACUGCUUGUGAAACUUCAGGCAGGAAUAUGAUGCGUUAUAAACAUUCCAUAAGGAGUUACUGCAUUUAGCCUAGGGACACUUACAAAUAUAUAGCAAGAGGAACCGGAAAACAUAUACAUGUUAAGUAAAAAAAUCAUUAAGUAAAAUAGUUGAACUCGCCUGGGUUAUUUUUGAAAAUUAGAUUAUUCAGUGAACGACAUAUAUAACGCCAUUCGUGAGGAGUAGUAAUGAUCCAGAAUAAAACAUGCAGUAUGGCAAUUAAUCCCAGGGUGCUUGAUGCUGUUGACGUUUUUGCCACUCGCUCGGAUUAGAACAACCGAAUGAAUUCAGAUAAUUGUGCGGUCACCAUUGAACGAGCCAUCUAAAAUGACCUUAUGAUUGCAGAAAACUUAUGGCUGAAACUCACCGUGUUUUUAGAGAAGUGUCAUCCUUGUUGUUUGGCAAUGGAACUCGAAAAUUUGAAAUUAGGCAUGCAGUGGUCGGAAGAAAAGAUAUUACAGGAUAGUGUAUAGUUUAAAACAGGAUGAGGUAAUAAGAUAAGGAACACUGAAUAUUAGAUCCAGGUAACUAUUUAGUCCUUGCUGCAUUGUUAGUCAAUGUAUAUUUGCGUUAUUUACUGGUCAUAUUUGCUAGAGCUUGAUGCUUAAACAAGCCUAUGUCGCUGAAGCAUGUAAAUGCUAUUAAAGCUUGUUAACGAACCAUCAAAGCUAAUUAGUUAAUAUAGACGACCAGUUUUUAUUAUCGAAUGAGCUAGUAAGUUAUGUGAACUAAUAGAUAUAACAUUACGAUAAUAUAUGUGACCAUUAAUCAAAGGACUAUUAGAAUAGUGGGUUUACAAAAAUAAAAUCCGAUUGAGAAGGUUAAGGUGGAAAUAAGGAUUAACAAUAAUAGGUUGCGUUUCUUUAGUUGGGCUCACCAAUGUAGAAUUAUGGUCUACUAUGAUAUUAGUACUGCUCUAAUAAUAGACCUAAUCCUAAAUUUGUAGAUUUGUCAUGAUAUAACUGCCUAAUCUAUAAGAUCUUACGUGGAAGUCACACCAUCGACUACACCAACUCACUGUAUCGUAUCAAUUACCAAUACAUGAUGUAGAACAAGGUUAGGCUAGAGAAAGAACAAUAUAUUUAAUAUGAAUAGAAGAUAUAAAGUAACAUUGAGAUGGACCACGCCUGCAUGGACGAGCCAUGCCAUCCGAUCAAACCCGGCAACGCUCCUAGGGUAUCGUCCACUGAUGGGAAUUGCGAGCACUUGAAGG